GUCUCUGGAGCUGGCCAGGAUGGCGCAGUGGAACCAGCUGCAGCAGCUCGACACGCGGUACCUGGAGCAGCUCCACCAGCUCUACAGCGACAGCUUUCCCAUGGAGCUCCGGCAGUUCCUGGCCCCAUGGAUUGAGAGCCAGGACUGGGCAUACGCCGCCAGCAAGGAGUCGCACGCCACGCUGGUGUUCCACAACCUGCUGGGGGAGAUUGACCAGCAGUACAGCCGCUUCCUGCAGGAGUCCAAUGUCUUGUACCAGCACAACCUGCGGCGCAUCAAGCAGUUCCUGCAGAGCAGAUACUUGGAGAAGCCGAUGGAAAUAGCCCGCAUUGUGGCUCGCUGCCUGUGGGAAGAGUCGCGGCUCCUCCAGACGGCUGCCACCGCAGCCCAGCAAGGGGGACAGGCAACACACCCAACAGCGGCUGUAGUGACGGAAAAGCAGCAGAUGCUGGAGCAGCAUCUGCAGGAUGUGAGGAAGAGGGUACAGGAUCUGGAGCAGAAGAUGAAAGUGGUGGAGAAUCUCCAGGAUGACUUUGAUUUUAACUACAAGACUUUGAAAAGCCAAGGAGACAUGCAGGAUCUGAAUGGAAACAAUCAGUCGGUGACCCGGCAGAAAAUGCAGCAGCUGGAACAGAUGCUCACGGCGCUGGACCAAAUGCGAAGGGGUAUUGUGAGUGAGCUGGCUGGACUGCUGUCAGCCAUGGAGUAUGUGCAGAAGAUGCUGGCAGAUGAGGAACUGGCAGACUGGAAGAGACGGCAGCAGAUCGCCUGCAUUGGUGGCCCACCAAAUAUCUGCUUAGACCGGCUUGAGAACUGGAUAACCUCUCUUGCCGAAUCACAGCUACAGACCCGGCAGCAGAUCAAGAAGUUGGAAGAACUGCAGCAGAAAGUGUCCUACAAGGGUGACCCAAUUGUCCAACACCGGCCCAUGCUGGAGGAGCGGAUUGUGGAGCUGUUUAGGAACCUGAUGAAAAGUGCUUUCGUCGUGGAGAGGCAGCCCUGCAUGCCCAUGCACCCUGACCGGCCCUUGGUCAUCAAAACCGGUGUGCAGUUCACCACCAAAGUCAGGUUGUUGGUCAAGUUUCCAGAGCUGAACUAUCAGCUGAAAAUUAAAGUCUGCAUUGACAAGGACUCUGGGGAUGUUGCAGCACUUCGGGGGUCCCGGAAGUUUAACAUCCUGGGGACAAACACCAAGGUCAUGAACAUGGAGGAGUCGAACAACGGCAGCCUCUCAGCAGAGUUCAAGCACCUGACCCUGCGGGAGCAACGGUGCGGUAAUGGCGGCAGAGCCAACUGCGAUGCCUCAUUGAUAGUCACUGAGGAGCUGCACCUCAUCACCUUCGAGACAGAAGUGUAUCACCAGGGGCUGAAGAUCGACCUGGAGACCCACUCGCUGCCUGUGGUGGUCAUCUCCAACAUCUGCCAGAUGCCCAAUGCCUGGGCGUCCAUCCUGUGGUACAACAUGCUGACCAACAACCCCAAGAACGUGAACUUCUUCACCAAGCCCCCCAUCGGGACCUGGGACCAGGUGGCAGAGGUGCUGAGCUGGCAGUUCUCCUCCACCACGAAGCGUGGCCUCAGCAUUGAGCAGCUGACAACGCUGGCAGAAAAACUUCUAGGACCAGGUGUGAAUUACUCUGGCUGCCAGAUCACCUGGGCCAAGUUUUGCAAGGAGAACAUGGCUGGCAAAGGCUUUUCCUUCUGGGUCUGGCUGGACAACAUCAUUGACUUGGUGAAAAAGUACAUCCUGGCGCUGUGGAACGAAGGGUACAUCAUGGGGUUCAUCAGCAAGGAGCGGGAGCGAGCCAUCCUGAGCACUAAGCCUCCGGGAACCUUCCUGCUGCGGUUCAGUGAGAGCAGCAAGGAAGGUGGCAUCACCUUCACGUGGGUGGAGAAGGACAUCAGCGGGAAGACCCAGAUCCAGUCUGUGGAGCCUUACACCAAGCAGCAGCUGAACAACAUGUCGUUUGCGGAGAUCAUCAUGGGCUACAAAAUCAUGGAUGCCACCAACAUCUUGGUGUCCCCCCUGGUGUACCUGUACCCAGACAUCCCCAAGGAGGAGGCCUUUGGGAAGUACUGCCGCUCUGAGAGCCAGGAGCACUCCGAAGCUACUGACUCAGGUAGUCGUUGACUUUCUGCGCUCCAGUGCGGCUCCUGCAU